GACUUAUUGUUAUUGAAUAUUGAAUAAUUGAUAAAGAUUUUUGAUAAAAAACAAAUACAAGAUAGACAAACUUGUACAUUUCUAGUUCGUAGUAAUUGCAUUCGCCUGAUCUAAGUACUUUUAAAAAAUACCUUCUAUAAUAAUGUUAGGAGGUCUUAAAUUAAAAGUAUCUUACACUCACGAAAAAACUUGCUUUGCCUAUAUUAGUCCAAAGUACAGCACAAAUAAUGAAAAGACACAGUGUAUUCAAGUACUGUAUAAAGAUAAGAUUGUUUAUCUUUGGGUUGUGUUCAGUAGUAACAUUCCAGAGGGUGUAAUAGCAUGUAAUCCAAUAUUUAGUAAAUUAGUAGAGCUACAGGAAGGAAGGGAAGUUUUUGUAUCACCAUAUGGGGAUGUCAAAAUAUUGGAUGAAUUGUAUAUUGACACUGACAGCCCUGAUGAUCAAGAAAUUUUGGAACACAAUGUUGAGAUUUUACAGUUGAAAAUUCUAGAUCAAUUAAGGUUUGUUGUAUCAAACCAGAAGGCUGUAGUUUGGAUAUCUACUUCUCUUCCUAUAAUUUUCACACCGAAACAGAGUGGCCUGUUGGUCCCUAAUAGUAGGAUUGUUGUAAAGGUUGAUGCUUUCAACAGUUUUCAUGAUAUGCCCAAGAAUAUAUCAGCUCAUGUGCCUAAAAUGGAUGGUGGAUCACUUAAAAAUAUAGGUAUAAUAAAUAAUGGAAUGUUGAAACCAUAUUUAAAUACCUCAGAGAGAUUGGUCCUUAGAGUUUUACCUAUUGACAGUGAUGGCAAAAAGAACCUUAUACAUCCCUACACAGUGUUUAUGCAUGAAGAUUUAUUAAAUGAUAAGUAUAAAUAUUCAACUGUCAUAUUAGCCACUAUGAAUAAUAUUGUUUCAAUAUUACAUGAGAACAAUGAAGAUGAUAGUCAAAACAAUAAUAAUCAAAUAAAUAAUUUAUGUGUGGAAGUAGUACCUAUUGAUAAUGUUGUUUAUAGAAGUCUAUGUCAAGAGGUUUAUAAUAAAAAUAUACAAACAGUACUUAUACCAAAAUCUUUAAAUACAAUUAUUAAUAUAGAAAAUGGAACUAGAAUUAUAUUAAACAUUAUUGGUGAUAAAGUGGAACAACCUGAUCAUAUAGAUAUAGUUACAUAUUCAGAACAGGUGCAGUCAGAAAUGGAAGUGGUUGAGAAAUUUAAGAAUUGUGUGAUAGAAAACACACAUUCUGGUAAAAUGUUCCUAAUAAAUGAUGGAGUGACAAAGCAGAAUUUGCAAAUUAGCAAAGGGUUUUUGCAAUUUAAACUUAAACCUGACAAAUUAAAAUAUACAAUGGUCAGUUCUGAAUCAUUCAGACAGUGCACAGUGGCUGCCAAGUGCCUGACUGAUGGAGAUCUUGUACUGCCUAAGCUAAAAAUAUCUAGGUUAGAAUAUGACUUCAAAAAUUAUUGUAGAACUAUGAAAUCUCUAGAGAAGUUAGUACACAAAGUGGUGUCUCAUUUAAACUUUGAAAUACAUAGAGAUGCUACUUUUAAGAAUGUUUCUGAGAUCAAAAGUAAUGUUUUGGUUACUGGGUUAAAUGGUUCAGGAAAGACAGCUGUGUGUCACAUUGUGCAAAAGGAAAUGACAGUUUGGUCACAUAUUAUUCAUUGCCGGUCACUGAAAGGUAGAAAGGAUAUUCCUGAGGUGUUGGGGAAGGCUGUUCUUAUGUGUCAAGAGCAUAGCCCAGCUCUUCUUAUAUGUGAUGAUGUUGACUCUCUAGUUCCUCCCAAUGUCGAAGGCGCUUCACCACAAGAUGUUGCUUAUUACCAAAGACUGGCUGUGGUUAUUAAACAUUUGUUACAAACUUGUUCCGGAGUGUGUGUGUUGAUGACGGCAUUAAGUGUGAAGGCUUUACACCCCACAUUGAGGCAGUUCACUGGCAGACCAUUAUUUACGGCGCAUUUCGAUAUAUCGGAAAUCACACAGGAGGACAGGAUAGAACUCUUCAAACAUUUAUUAAAUGAUAAAAUCCGUGAUGAGUUCGAGGUAGAAGAUGAUGACGUCAUCAAACUAGCAAUGGACACCGCUGGGAGCAGUGCCAGAGAUGUUACUGAUUAUUUUAACAAAAUUAUAUUUAAAGCUGUAAAGAAAAAGAAAGCAGAUCUCAAUGGGAAGCCCCGCCUGGUUGGGGAUAUUACCAGGGAUGAGGAGAAGGCGAGUGGUUUCAACAUCUGGGGUGAGGUCGGUGGGCUCGAAGAUGUUAAACAAGAGCUUACGGAAUGCAUUUUCUGGCCUAUGAUGUAUCCGGCGCUGUUUCGUUCGCAAUCGUGCGGUAUAUUGCUAUACGGUCCGCCGGGUACGGGCAAGUCCCUGAUUGGCUCGUGCCUGGCGCGCCUGCCCGGCGUCACUCUGCUGGCGGUCAAGGGGCCCGAGCUGUUGUCCAAAUACAUCGGGCAAAGUGAGAAGGCGGUUAGGGACAUUUUCGACAAAGCUGACGUGAAGCGGCCAUGUAUCCUGUUCUUUGAUGAGUUUGACAGCCUGGCACCCAAGCGCGGGCACGACUCGACCGGCGUGACGGAUCGCGUAGUGAACCAGCUGCUGUCCCGGCUGGACGGCGCGGAGGGCGGGGCGCGGGGCGCGGUGGUGGCCGCCACCUCGCGCCCCGACCUCGUGGACCCCGCGCUGCUGCGGGCCGGCCGGCUGCAGCGGCACGUGUACUGCUCGCUGCCGGACAAGAAUGGUCGUCUCGAAGUGCUCAAGAGUUUGUCCAAGAGUGUGACCGUAGACGAAGACGUUGACCUCGUGGAUUUGUCGGCUCGCACCGAGGGCUUCUCCCCGGCCGAUCUGAAGUCGUUACUCGUCACCGCUCAACUCGCCCGCCUCGAGGCUCAUCUGAUGAGCAGUGAGAGUAAAAAUAUGGAAACAGUAGUGGUCCGUCGGGAAGAUGUGGAAAUGGCGCUUGCCGACACUAAACCGUCGCUGUCUGCUGAACAACGGCUGUUCUACGACACUAUAUAUAGAAGAUUUAGAGGCGAAAGUCUAUCACCAGAACAGAGGCUUAUGGCGAUGCAGCUGCAAAAGCAAAGAGUCACGUUGGCGUAAACAAUUUUUGUUGUACAAAUUGUAUGAUUUGGGAUAUUCACAUGCUUACAAAACAAAACUGAUGCAAAUUAAAACUAGAUAUCAUAGAGCGCUUUCGGUUGCUGUCGCUGAGUCGCUGGCGGUUUGGUCGCGCGACCAUUUUUAAGUAACGCAACUGUAGCGUUUUUAAGUCGCGCUAUAGUAACACGCCUAUAUGUGACAACGCUAUUGAUGGUGAUAUAAAUAUAGGUAGUAUUACUCAAUAUAUGAAUUUCCAUUUGAUACGAACAAAGUUCAUACUUAAGUAGCAUUCACUCGUCAAAGUAAUGUAUUUGUAUUUUGUAAAUAAUUAAAGACAAUAGAUAAAUUCCCCUGUGUAGAAACAUCCUAUAUUCUUACAAUUGCAUUGCUUAAAAGUACUGUGAAAAAUUUUAAUACACUUUUACACAUUUACACAGAGUAGAAAAAGCUUCAAUUUUGAUAAAUACGGAUGGGGCCUAGAUUGGAGUCAUGAACGUUUUAAGAUAGAAGAAUAUCCUCUCAUAGACAAGUCUGCGUCAAUUCCUUUUCAAAAUCAAAAAUGGACUUGAAUGGACCAGUUCUUCAUCUGUAAAUAUGAAAGGUUUACGUUUUGAACGUUUGGACAUGUCUAGAAGAGAGGUUAUAUCGCUACACUUUUGUCGUUAAUGUGUGCGUUAAACAUACAAAAUGGAAGGCGACAAUCGUUAGUAAGACACGUCGCCAUGCAGUUUUAUAGGUAUUAGAAAGUUUCGUCUAUAAGAUAUUUUGUUCAUAAAUUUUGUAUAGCAGUAAUCUGUCUUCAAACUAUCGUGACUUAAGUCUGCUCUCAGUCUAAGUGAAAUGAGUUUAAUGUUUAAGUGAAUUAGAUUUGGGCUUUUUUUAAUGAGAUAUCGCGCGAAACCGUUAAGUGAUUAAAUAGCUGUGAUUAAAACAAUGUGUUGUAUUUAAAAGAAUAGUUAACAAAUAAGACUAAGGUACGGUAUCAGAAAUAUAUACCCUCAUUUGUUAUUUGCAGAUAAGAAAGAUUAUUGAAUGGGUUUUUAGGUUAUAUAUUUUUAAUACCGUAUUUCCAACUAUGAACUUAAUAAAUAAAUGUUGACCGAAAAUUAUAAUGUGCAUCAAAUCAUUCAUUUUGAUAUGCUUUCCGGAAAUUUUACAUGAGCGUUUUAAAUAAUUCUGAUGUUUGAAAACUAAAUGGUUAAGAAGAGUUGGAAUUUCUUGGGUAGUUAAGUUAAAUUUUGGUCAGUAUGUUAUCUUAAAUAAGGCUAUAACAUUACGUUGUGGAAAAAAUUAUAAUCACAAACUAAUUCAAUGCACUUGUAUUGUCACAAUUUGAGGUGCUUAUGAUGGCUAGUCAUGUUAAUAAAGCUGAGAUGUUCCUAUUUUAAUAAUCGCAAUACUGGUCUCUUGACCAGGACCAGGUAUUUUAUGAUAAAUGUGACUCGAUAAAUUAUUUUCAAUACCCGUUGUGAGUAUAAUUUAUAAUAAGCAUAAAUUAUAUUUGUUUGAGAAUGGUAUUAUUAUUUUUGUAGCGUAAAGCUUUGUUAUUUUUUAAUAAAUUAAAUUGGGACGU